AUGGUGGUGAUGAAAAUGAAAUUCCCCUUUCAGAAAAGGGUGAAGCUAGCCCAGGGACUGUGGAUUCUCUCCUGGUGUGCCACAAUGGCUGGGGCUGUAACCUUCAGCCUGGGGUGCAUCCUUAAGUUGGAGCUCCGCCGGAGGGCAGAGGUGAUGGAUAACACAGACAUACAUGUUGUGCCCAAUACACUCAUGAUAGUUGGUCUGGCCUCCUUGGGUAUCAACUACUUUUCAUCAAAGAUCUGUCAGGAUGCCCUGGAUGCUGGGCGAUUUCCUCGCUGGAAGAACUUCUUGAAGCCCUACUUUGCUGUCUCGUGUUUCUUCACUGUCCUCAUGCUGCUAGCUGUCAUCAUGAGCUAUGCAAUGAAGGGCAGUCUGGAGUCUUCUCUGAAGGUUGGCUUGAGGAACGGCAUCCGCUUCUACAAGGACACAGACACCCCGGGCCGCUGCUUCCAGAAACAGAACAUUGAUCGCCUGCAGAUGCAGUUUCAGUGUUGUGGAAACAGUGACUACAGGGACUGGUUUGAGGUCCAGUGGAUCAGCAACCGCUACCUUGAUUUCAGCUCUAAGGAAGUGAAAGACCGCAUCAAGAGCAAUGUGGAUGGCCGUUACUUGGUAGAUGGUGUCCCAUUCAGCUGCUGCAACCCCAGCUCUCCACGGCCAUGCAUCCAGUAUCAACUCACCAACAACUCAGCUCACUACAACUACGAAUACCAGACAGAGGAGCUCAACAUCUACCUCCGAGGCUGCAGAGAGGCCCUGGUCAACUACUAUAUGGGUCUGAUGAACACCAUUGGGGGUGGAGUGCUGUCAAUCUUCCUUUUACAGGGUUCUGUGCUGGUAAGCUUGCGGUUCCUGCAGACCGCAAUGGAAGCAGUGGCAGGGAAGGAAAAUACCGAAAUCGAGACAGAAGGGUACCUGCUGGAAAAAAGCGUGAAAGACACCAUCAUGGAGUACAUCGACCCUGUGCUGAAGUUCCUCCUGCUUACAAACAAGGUGGAAGAGGGCACUCCUGCAGAAGGAGCGACCACCUAA